CCGCGUCUUGGGAGUCGGACGGACUGUCGCUCCCCGGCUUCAUACCACAGAGGCUCAGCUCCUCCUGGCUGGAUAUACUUCUAAAAAAGGUGCUGAAGUAAGCUGAAGAGCGCAAUGGUGGAUUAUUAUGAUGUUCUGGGAGUGUCACGAAGUGCUUCUCCAGAUGACAUCAAGAAAGCGUACAGAAAACUGGCUCUGCAGUGGCACCCCGACAAAAAUCCAGACAACAAGGAGGAGGCAGAGAAAAAAUUCAAGGAGAUAGCAGAGGCCUACGAAGUUCUUUCAGACAAGAGCAAACGAGACGCUUACAACAGAUAUGGUAGAUCAGACAUGCCAAGUUCUGGCUCAGGUUCAUUUCCUGAUGACUUCCCAGGAUUCACCUUCACAUUCCGCAGUCCAGAUGAGGUGUUUCGAGAGUUCUUCGGAGGGCAGGACCCAUUCGCUGACUUUUUCGAUGAUUUCCCAUUUGGUGGAAUGCACAGUGGUUUUCACAGCUCCUCCAGACUUGGGCCUAAUCGCUUCUUCUCCUUUCCCUCAGCAAAUGCUGACUUCACCUCCUUCUCGUCUUCAUUGGGUGGGAUGGGCAGCAUGGGAGGGGCAAACUUCAAGUCCGUUUCUACUUCCACUCGUGUUGUUAAUGGAAAACGUCUUACUACAAAAAAGGUCAGAGAAAAUGGCCAGGAGAGAACAGAGGUUGAGGAGGACGGGGUUCUGAAAAGUGUCCUCAUCAAUGGUGUGGAGGACGAGAUGGCUUUAGCUCUGGAACUGAGUCGCAGAGAACAGUCCAGUGAGCCUCCCAGACAGUCCCAUCAGCCACUGCUCCGCCCCACCAAUCACAGCUCUCCAAACCCAGCCUUGCGCUCCUACAGCGCCGCCCCGUUCUACCACUCCCGCAAUGCCAAUGAAGAUGAGGAAGAUGAAGACCUGCAGAUGGCGCUGGCCUACAGCUUGUCGGAGAUGGAGGCACAGCAGCAGGCAGAGGACAUGAUCUCAGGUGCCGGGGGAGGGAGAGGGGGGAAAUCAGGUGACGGGACGGGUGGCGUUCAAAUAAACCAAUUCAUGAGAGAGGAAACGGAUGAUUCAGAUCAAAACACUCCUUCGUCUCCUGAGGACAGACUAACAGAACAGGGUCUGGCUAAAGGUUCAGAAGGUGUUAUUGUGCAGGACAGGGAGAAUGAUAAAAUGGCAGCCAAUGGGGCUAAUGUAGUGAAAAAGCGGAGGAAGUGUCAGUGUGUUGUCUGUUAGGAGAAAUAUGGAGAUUAAUCAUAUUUGUGUGUGCAAGUAGCAGUGCUAACUCUAUGUUUCCACCCUUUUUCAAAAUUAUUAUUGGGGUUUUGGAUUGUGCUUUGAGUUCAGUCUCUUGUGCCAUUGCGCAAGGAGGACUGUGCUGAAUUUAGAUAUUUUUUGCCUUGAGAUAUGUGCAAUAAGUGCCAAAUUGUGUUUAUUUUCCACAAAGACAGGACAUUUUAAGGUACUUUAUGCUAAAGUUUAGAGAGGCAAGCAUAAAAUAUCCUGCAACCUGACAGAUGUCACUGAAAUUGGUGUCUUGGGAUGUCAUUUGCCGGCCUUGACUCUGCAAACAGUUAAAAACAGUCAGGUUUCUUUUAGGCCACACAGAAACAGUUGAGGCCUGUGAAUCUUCUGGCAUCAGGCUGUCUGACAUGUUCUUGAAGGGGGCGAUAUUGGGAUAUUGGAAAGCAGGGAUACGGUUAGCAACAUGGCGAAAGUUAGCAUAAUGUCUCAAAUCAUUUAUUAAGUUUUUAAAUUCAUCAAUGAGUAUGACUUUUUACUCCCAAAGCAAUAAAUCGUGUACUUGCAUUAAUUCUCUGAUGAAUAUAAAGCAACAUAGGCUCAUUCUGACAACGUAGCCCUAUAUACAUUUCUGGAGAUCGUGAAUUAUGCGGCCAGAAGUACAUAUGGCUGCAUUUUGUCUUUAAAACAAAUGCUAACGGGGUGGUAUUCCUUUUCACGCUUACCAGUUGACCGCUUCCGUAUGGACGGCUUUCCCGCUGUUACAAGUUUGUCCAGUGGCUCACCCUGUAUGUCGGAAGACUUGAUAUGCAGAGAGGAGUCUGGUGAAGAACGGUUUCAGAAAGCUGGUAAAACAAAAACAUAAGCCACGAAGUAAAAUAAACAAGUAAACAACAGUGUGAGGAUGUGGUAAAAUCUGAAAAUGUGGUAAAAAUCAAGAGAGGGCUUUUCUUUUUCUGGAUUGCUUUUUAAAACUGUCGGUUGGGUUUAGAGACGUGGGUGGGCUGGGAAGGAAUAGGGUGGUUCAGUCAAUCAGUCAGUCAUUCAUUCUGUCAACAGUGGCAUCUGGUGCAUUACGUGAGAAAAGCAGGUGUGAGUGGCACUCGUGAGAGAAAUUUGAGAUUUGAAAAAGCAUACACAGCGGCCUCUGGUGGAUUCGCGAAAACAAAAACUGCAAAAAAAACGUACAUCCUGGGACAUAUUUGGUGCUCUCCAGAAAUGUAUAUAGGGGUACAUUUUCAGAAUGAGCCAGGGUUAAUAUAAAGAAAUAGCUACUAAGUUGCUGCAGUUUAAGGGCCUGUUCACACAGAUUGCGUUUUUCUUUUUAUGUGUGACCAUUACCGCACAUUUCCACUGGCACUUUGUAAGCAUUUUCAAGUCAUUCAUAUGGAAGGUUAGAGUAAAUGCUCAUAUAGUGCAUCAUGGGAUUAAAAGCAGCACAAAGAAAGCGUUGAAAGCAGCCGAGAGCAUCAGAAAUGUUGUGCAUUUCUCUAAUUUAUGCAAAUGCAGGGCGACAACCAAUCGCUAUGAAAAGUAGGCAAGGCAAGAUGUUGAUGUUUGUUUGCAAAAUGGUUGAUGAGCUGAAAUCACUUGCAUAAGCUCUUAUAAAAAAGUAACUUUAAUAAUUAAUACUUUACAACCUUAAAUAAAAAUACUUAACAAACUUUACCCCUACUGCAAAAGCAUGUAUGCCUGUGUUGAUGAUUUCUUCUAAACAGCCUUUGAACAAUGCACAUGUGAUAAAUGUUGUCUUCCACCUGGUUAAAACCGGUGUGUUCAGCCCUGACUUUGCCCUAGACUAAUCAGAGGAAUUCAGAAAAUUUUCAUAAGGAAAAAUUCAUUUAGUGUGAAGGAGCCCUAAACCAGUAACUAUUAAAUGAAUCGUUCACCUAAAGUUUCUGUUGAACACAAAAGAAGAUAUUUUGAAGAAAGUCAGAAACCUGUAACCAUCAACUUCCAUAGUAUUUGUUUUUCCUAAUAUGUAAGUCAAUGGUUGCAGGUUUUCAGCUUUCUUCAAAAUAUCUUCUUUUGUGUUCAACGGAAAAAGGAAACUCAUUAAAGUUUGAAACCACAUGAGAGUAGGUAAAUGGUUAGUUCAUAUUCAUUUUUUGGUGAAUUUUCCUUUUAACAGAGGCCUUAGCAACCCCAGUCAGGAUAACCAAAAAAAUUUAAGGGAAUGGUUCACCAAAAAUAAAUAAAUACAUCUAAAUAUAAACAAAUUUUCAAGUGGAUCCAAACCUUGUAUUCUCUCUCUCUCUCUCUCUCUCUCUCUCUCUCUCUCUCUCUCUCUCUCUCUCUCUCUCUCUCUCUCUCUCUCUCUCUCUCUCUCUCUCUCUCUCUCUCUCUCUCUCUCUCUCCCUCCCUCUCUCUCUCUCUCUCUCUCUCUAUUUUGUAGAUUAUUGUAAACUGGUAACCAUUGACAUCCCAGUAUGAAAAAAAUUAAUACUAUGGAAAUCAAUGGUUACAGGUUUCCAGUAUUCUUCAAAAAUGUUCUCUGUCGUGGCUGAGCAAAUGACAGAAUAAAAAAAAAUUAAUCAUUAUUUACUCAUCCUUGUUUUAAUUCUGUAUGCCCUUUUUUUGGACCACUAAAGGAGAAAUAAUUUUCAAAAAAUAUUCUUCUCAUGCCUGUAUAUGUAAUAAUACCAUAAUUCUAUUCCCAAUGAACUCUGCAUUCAUUUAUCCAGCAAUGCACCAUUUAUCAGUGUUCCCAUACAGUAGGUUUGAUGUUGUUUGUAGGAUGAUGAUUCUCUGGUUCUCAUUUGAUUGUUUUUACUGUGCUCAUUUCCGCAGAGGUAUCUGUUGAAUGUGAAGGUAAUUAUUUUUAGAUGCACAAAGACUUCAAGAUAAUCUGUCUCUGAGAGCUAAUGUUUAGUGAUUAGCGCUCCUAUGAUGGAUCACAAUGACUAAUGAUGACUCUGAUAGUAGGACAUGUAUGGAAAUGUAGAUCCAAUUAUCUCAGUUUUUGAGAAUGUGGCAAAUAAUUGACUGAGAGAAACUCUCAUUUUUAGAUUUAUAUGCAUCAUAUGUCAGAAUUAUUCAGCAUUUUUGUGCUUUUUUGUUUAGGAUAUGAAUGCAUGGUUAUUGUUGCCAAGGCUGAAUUUCUCAUGCUAGCCAAAGAAGCACAUUUGUUAAGUAAGAACUGUCGGCUUUGGCUAUAACCACUCAGAAUGUCGAUAAGUGUUAUGCUUUAAAACACUAAAUGAAGCACAAGAAGUUUGAAUGUGAUUCCAUGUGAAUAAUAAUUAAAGCUAUUUUGUGUGUCUUGCAAAAAUGCACAUUCUUGGCUCAAAACAGAAAUAUCCUAGGGCAAAUUCAAUGCUCAGAAAGUGGUAUUUCAGUGACAGACUUGUUAAUAAAUGCUGUUUCAACCAUUGUUAACAUGAUGUUGUUUCUAACAUGAGGAACAAUAAAAUGUAAAAAUGAA